UCCGGUGAUGAAAUGAUAAUUGUUCCACAAUUUAUUCGCACAAAUUGGUUCCUCUGUGGCAUAGUGUUUGCAAUUUGUUUAGCUAGUGUUGCACCAAGUGUUGGAGCAAAAGGAGGCAUUCUCAGACCAGAAAUAACAGUCAAAUUUAUUGCUGUAGCCAUCAUCUUCUUUAACAGUGGGAUAUCAUUGAGGAGUGAGGACUUGACCAGAGCAUUAGUCCAGUACAAACUCCACUUCUUUGUUCAAGGAUGGACAUUCCUGGUUUUUCCCUUCCUGAUAAAUAUUUUGGUAUCUGUAAUGAGAGAUGGACCAUUUGAUAAGCUCCUUCUACAAGGACUGUUGGUUCUAGGAUGUAUGCCUCCUCCAGUGUCAUCAGCAGUCAUACUCACAAAGGCAGUGUCUGGAAAUGAGGCAGCAGCAAUCUUUAAUUCUGCAGUGGGGAGUUUUGUGGGAAUAUUUGUUACACCAUCUUUGAUACUACUCAAUGUGGGGUCAGCUGUGGAUGUACCAGUCAGUUCUAUUUUUGUACAGCUGUCCCUGACGGUCGUAGCACCCCUGUUUCUGGGUCAGCUGAUCAGGAGGCAAUACAGAAUCUGGUUAGAGAGAAAUCCACUUCCUCUCGGAAGCAUAGGCAGUGCGGUACUUCUGCUGAUCAUUUACACCACAUUUUGUGAUACCUUUUCACAUGCUGAGAUUAACCUGGAUUUCCUCAGUCUAAUUUCCAUUGUCUUCCUCAUUGUAAUCCUCCAAUGUGGACUGCUAUGGAUGGUGUUCUUUGUUACUACACGUCCUUGGCUGAACUUUGACCCUACGGAUACCACCGCCCUGAUGUUCUGUAGUACCCACAAGUCACUCACCCUAGGUAUUCCCAUGAUAAAGAUUGUGUUCAGUGGAGACCCAGGCCUGUCUGUGAUCAGUAUCCCCCUAAUGGUGUACCACCCCACACAGAUCCUACUCGGGGGCCUGCUGGUGCCACCCCUCAAAGAGUGGAUGUAUUCUGCAAGAAGGAACAGGUACAUGAUGGCAAAGCAUGUGUAGAAUACCCAGGAAGGGUUCUUAACUUGGCAAGAACAUCCAGAUUUCGUUACUAGUCUUUCCUGUAUAUAUUAAAUUUUUUUUUCACUUGACUGUCUUAAUUAAUUUUGUAAAUUAUUAGUUUUUCCACUAGUUUACACUCAGUGGCUGAAGUCCAGACUACAAAGAAAUCAUUUUUAUGGAACAUUAUGGAAUAUAUGUCUUCAAUGCGUGAUAAUUUAAAACUCACCAAACAUACAAAAAUAUUUUUAACCAAUCAAAAUGCUCUGCGGGUGGAGCAUUCGUGGAAUCUUGAGUCUGUGACAUAAUGUUAUUACCAGUGUAACUAAGAUGUCAAAACAUUUUGAAAUGCAAUGUAAAUUUUAGCCAAAUAAUGCACAUAAAAUAUCUUGAAAUUGUUAA